GUGUGCCCUGCUCAACCAGAACCUCUACUGUCAGACUGGCCACAUACCCUGGGACGCUCUCAUCUACAUCACUGGUAGGACUGUGUGUGUGUGUCGGCCUCCCUGCCGGGUCCUCCAUUAUUCAUCACAUUACUGCUGGUCUCUGUCAGGUUCUGGGACGUUUAGCAGCAGGCCAGACCCUGAGGUUAUGUGAGGUUUAGCAGCAGGCCAGACCCUGAGGUUCUGGGAAGUUUAGUAGCAGGGAAGACCCUGAGGUUCUGGGAGGUUUAGUAGCAGGGAAGACCCUGAGGUUCUGGGAGGUUUAGCAGCAGGGAAGACCCUGAGGUUCUGGGAGGUUUAGCAGCAGGCCAGACCCUGAGGUUAUGUGAGGUUUAGCAGCAGGCCAGAUCCUGAGGUUCUGGGAGGUUUAGCAGCAGGGAAGACCUUGAGGUUCUGGGAGGUUUAGCAGCAGGGAAGACCCUGAGGUUCUGGGAGGUUUAGUAACAGGGAAGACCCUGAGGUUCUGGGAGGUUUAGUAACAGGGAAGACCCUGAGGUUCUGGGAGGUUUAGUAGCAGGCCAGACCCUGAGGUUCUGGGAGGUUUAGUAGCAGGGAAGACCCUGAGGUUCUGGGCGGUUUAGUAGCAGGGAAGACCUUGAGGUUCUGGGAGGUUUAGCAGCAGGGAAGACCCUGAGGUUCUGGGAGGUUUAGUAGCAGGGAAGACCCUGAGGUUCUGGGAGGUUUAGUAGCAGGGAAAACCCUGAGGUUCUGGGAGGUUUAGCAGCAGGGAAGACCCUGAGGUUCUGGGAGGUUUAGCAGCAGGGAAGACCCUGAGGUUCUGGGAGGUUUAGCAGCAGGGAAGACCAAAACCUCGAUUUCAAAAUAAUAAUUUACACUAUAUAUACAAAAGUAUGUGGACACUCCAUCAAAUAGUGGUUUCUGCUAUUUCAGCCACACCCAUUGCAUUGGGAAAGUAUUCAGACCCCUUGACUUCUUCCACAUUUUGUUAUGUUACAGCCUUAUUCUAAAAUCGAUUAAAUAAAACAUGUUCCUCAUCAAUCUACACACAAUACACCAUAAUGACAAAGCGAAAAUAGUUUUUGUUUUUAAUUUAGCAAAUGUAUAAAAAACACAAAACAGAAAUACCUUAUUUACAUAAAUAUUCAGACCCUUUGCUAUGAGACUCAAAAUUGAACUCUGGUACAUCCUGUUUCCAUUGAUCAUCCUUGAGAUGUUUCUACAACUUGAUUGGAGUCCACCUGUAGUAAAUUCAAUUGAUUGGACAUGAUUUGGAAAGCCACACACCUGUCUAUAUAAGGUCCCACAGUUGACAGUGCAUGUCAGAGCAAAAACCAAGCCAUGAGGUUGAAGGAAUUGUCCGUAGGGCUCAGAGACAGAUCUGGGGAAGGGUACCCAAAAAUUUCUGUAGCAUUGGAGGUCCCAAAGAACAGUGGCUUCCAUCAUUCUUAAAUGGAAUACGUUUGGAACCACCAAGACUCUUCCUAGAGUUGGGUGCCCGGCCAAACUGAGCAACCGGGGGAGAAGGGCCUUGGUCAGGGAGGUGACCAAGAAACCGAUGGUCACUCUGAGAGAGCUGCAGAGUUCCUCUGUGGAGAUGGGAGCACCUUCCAGAAGGACAACCAUAUCUGCAGCAAUCAGGCCUUUAUGGUAAAGCUGCCAGAUGGAAGCCACUCCUCAGUAAAAGGCACAUGACAGCCCGCUUGGAGUUUGCCAAAAGGCACCUAAAGGACUCUCAGACCAUGAGAAACAAGAUUCUGUGGUCUGAUGGAACCAAGAUUGAACUCUUUGGCCUGAAUGCCAAGCAUCAUGUCUGGAGGAACCCUGGCACCAUCCCUACGGCGAAGCAUGGUGGUGGCAGCAUCAUGCUGUGGGGAUGUUUUUCAGCGGCAGGGACUGGGAGAAUAGUCAGGAACAAGGGAAAGAUGAACGGAGCAAAGUACAGAGAUAUUCUUGAUGAAAACCUGCUCCAGAGCGCUCAGGACCUCUGACUGGGGCGAAGGUUCACCUUCCAACAGGACAACGACCCUAAGCACACAGCCAAGACAACGCAAGAGUGGCUUCGGCCUCUGAAUGUCCUUGAGUGGCCCAGCCAGAGCCCGGCCUUGAACCCGAUCUAACAUCUCUGGAGAGAUGAGAGGAUCUGACAGAGCUUGAGAGGAUCUGCAGAGAAGAAUGGGAGAAACUCCCCAAAUACAGGUGUGCCAAGCUUGUAGCGUCAUAACCAAGAAGACUCGAGCCUGUAAUCGCUGCCAAAGGUGCUUCAACAAAGUACUGAGUAAAGGGUCUGAAUACUUAUGUAAAUGUUAUAUUUCCGGGUUUUUUAUUUCAUUUUUAUUUGCAAAAAUGUCAAAAAACCUAUUUUUGCUUUGUCAUUGUGGUGUUGUGUGUAGAUUGAUGAGGACAAAAAACAAUCUAAUCCAUUUUAGAAUAAGGCUGUAACGUAACAAAAUGUGGAAAAAGUCAAGGAGUCUGAAUACUUUCCGAAUGCACUGUAUAUAAUCGAGAACACAGCCAUGCAAUCUACAUAGACAAACAUUGGCAGUAGAAUGGCCUUACUGAAGGGCUCAGUGACUUUCAACGUGGCACCGUCAUAGGAUGCCACCUUUCCAACAAGUCAGAGCUGCUCCGGUCAACUGUAAGUGCUGGUAUUGUGAGGUGGAAACGUCUAGGAGCAACAGCUGCUCAGCCGCGAAGUGGUAGGCCACACAAGCUCACAGAAUGGGACUGCCGAGUGCUGAAGUGCAUAGCGCGUAAAUAUCACCUGUCCUCAGUUGCAACACUCACUACCGAGUUCCUGCCUCUGGACGCAACGUCAGCAUAAUAGCUGUUCGUUGGGAGCUUCAUAAAAUAGGUUUUCAUGGCAGAGCAGCCGCACACUAGCCUAAGAUCACCAUGCUCAAUGCCAAGCGUCGGCUGGAGUGGUGUAAAGCUCACCGCCAUUGGAAUCUAGAUCAGUGGAAACGCGUUCUCUGGAGUGAUGAAUCACGCUUCACCAUCUGGCAGUCCGACGGACAAAUCUGGGUUUGGCGGAUGCCAGGAGAACGCUACCUGCCCCAAUUCAUCGUGCCAACUGUAAAGUUUGGUGGAGGAGGAAUAAUGGUCUGGGGCUGUUUUUCAUGGUUUGGGCUAGGCCCCUUAGUUCCAGUGAAGGGAAAUCUUAACGCUACAGCAUACAAUGACAUUUUAGACAAUUAUGUGCUUCCAACUUUGUGGCAACAGUUUGGGGAAGGUCAUUUCCUGUUUCAGCAUGACAAUGCCCCUGUGCACAAAGCAAGGUCCAUACAGAAAUGGUUUGUCGAGAUCGGUGUGGAAGAACUUGACCGGCCUGCACAGAGCCCUGACCUCAACCCCAUUGAACACCUUUUGGAUGAAUUGGAACGCAGCCUGCUAGCCAGGCCUAAUCAAGAUUUUUUUUAAUCGCUUUGGAUUACACAUUCCUGAGGACAUAUUUUUUCAUUAUUGUUUUUUUUCUUCAGACUUUGUAAUGUUUGUUUAAUUCCUAAUUCAACCAUUCUUUGUAUUUGGAAACCAUCUAUUUGAAAAUAGUUUGGUCACAAACCUAGCAUGAUAUCAGUUUUUUUAUCCUGAAAAAAAGGGUUCCUUGCUCAUGUAGUGCAGUAACUGAGAGGUAGACAGAAGGGUUCCACAGUGUUCUGCAUACUAAAGUUUAGAACCUAGAUUAGAACCUUCCAUUUACCCAGCAGACCCUCUGUGCCAGCUCCACUCUGCCUGUAAUAGGAAUGCUUCAAAAUGUGCACAUGUGUUUUUCACAGCAGGUUCAUGUAAAGUGGGUUGUGUUCAUUAGGGGACUGACCGUAAAACCAAAAUGAGCAUUUCUUCUGGAGGCUGCCCCUGCAGGUUUCUGUCUAUUUUCUUCCUUUUAGUGCCUAAUGACCCCCCCCCCCCCACCCUCUCCUCUCUCCUCCCCCCACCCUCUCCUCUCUCCUCCCCUCACCCUCUCUCCCCGCAGGUGAGAUAACAUACGGAGGCCGGGUGACUGAUGCCUGGGACCAGCGCUGUCUCCGCACCAUCCUCAAAAGGUUCUUCUCUCCUGUCACCCUGGACCCAGGAUACACCUUCUCCACCUCAGGUGAAGACCACACUGUGUGUGUGUGUGUGUGAUCGAGCAAGCGAGCGAGUGUGUGUGUGUGUGAUCGAGCGAGCGAGUGUGUGUGUGCGAGCGUGUGUGUGUGUGUGUGUGAGCAUUUGUGUGUGUGCGUUUGUGUGUACACAUGUUGCUGAAUCUGAGACACAGGGGAAAUGUGUGUCCUUUUCUGUGUGUGUGUCCAGUGAGCUCUAACUGUUCCUCUUCUCUCUCUGUGGUUCAGGGAUCUACUUCGCCCCUGAGGCAGACAGACUGAGUGACUAUAACAGGUACAUAGAGAACCUUCCUCUUAUAGACGACCCUGAGAUCUUUGGUAUGCACGAGAACGCCAACCUCGCCUUCCAGGUUAGACACUCUGCUUAUAUACGCUCACCUUUAGCUCAGUGGGCUAAUACUGCCUUGGGGGAAAUUAACUAUACAGUACCUAAAUCGAAUUUGUUUAGACUGAUUUAGUUUUCUCAUGUAGUGUCUGAAAAUAAGAGGUCAGAUUACUAAUACAGAAAAUGUGGAUCAUAUUUUAAACCUUUAUUUAGCCAGUUAAGAUAAGAACAUUAUCUUUGAUGCUUACAACAUGGAUACAAGCGUAUGUUGCCUGUGUCCUGUGGGCUGGACUUACUGUUCAUCCCUAAAACUGUCUGUACAGCGCCUGGAGACCAUGACCCUGAUCAACACCAUCCUGGAGGUACAGCCUAGGUCGACGGCCCGCGGUGGGGGCAAGAGCAACGACGAGAUCGUCCACGAGCUGGCCGACUCCAUCCUCGCUAAGAUACCGGGUGAGAGAGACGCACGUAGACACACACACACACACACACACACACGUCUCAGGCUAGACUUAUUCUGGUGCUUUUACGGUUUGAUGUUCGCUUUGGUUUGAAAUUAAAGUUAGUCUUUCUAAACUCAUUACAGUAUGGUUGAAGUUACUGUCUGUCUGUCUGUCUCUCUGUCUGUCUGUCUCUCUGUCUGUCUGUCUCUCUGUCUGUCUUUCUGUCUGUCUGUCUGUCUGUCUGUCUCUCUGUCUGUCUCUCUGUCUGUCUCUUUCUCUGUCUCUCUGUCUCUGUGUCUCUCUGUCUCUCUGUCUGUCUCUGUCUGUCUCUCUGUCUUUCUUUCUGUCUGUCUCUCUGUCUGUCUGUCUCUCUGUCUGUCUGUCUGUCUGUCUGUCUGUCUGUCUGUCUCUCUCUCUGUCUCUGUGUCUGUCUGUCUGUCUCUCUUUCUGUCUCUCUGUAUGUCUCUCUGUCUCUGUGUCUCUCUGUCUGUCUCUGUCUCUCUGUCUGUCUCGCUGUCUGUAUCUGUCUCUCUGUCUCUCUGUCUGUCUGUCUCCUCAGAGUGUCUGGAUAUGGAUGAGGCAGAUGAGGCUCUGUUUAUUCGUGACGCCAACGGACGCCUCAACUCCCUCACCACAGUCCUCGGACAGGAAGUAGACCGCUUUAACAACCUUCUGCGGGUCCUCAGGGUGAGUAAGGGGUUAGAGGUUAGAGGUCAGGACAGUAGUGGGAUAGAAAGUAUACUGCUUCAACAACUUGCUGAGUCCUCAGGGUGGGUCAGAGGUCAGUGGUCCCUGCUGUCAGCCCUUCAUUUUAUUUCAAUUCUGUGAAAUCAGGAGAUGAUGAUUGGAAAUUGAAAUGCAGUGAAAAGGCUCCUUUAUUUUAGUUAGAGUUGGAUAUCAAAUGUUAGGACAGCUACAGUGAGGGAAAAAAGUAUUUGAUCCCCUGCUGAUUUUGUACAUUUGCCCACUGACAAAGAAAUGAUCAGUCUAUAAUUUUAAUGGUAGGUUUAUUUGAACAGUGAGAGACAGAAUAACAACAAAAAAAUCUAGAAAAACGCAUGUCAAAAAUGUUAUAAAUUGAUUUGCAUUUUAAUGAGGGAAAUAAGUAUUUGACCCCCUGUCAAUCAGAAAGAUUUCUGGCUUCCAGGUGUCUUUUAUACAGGUAACGAGCUGAGAUUAGGAGCACACUCUUAAAGGGAGUGCUCCUAAUCUCAGCUUGUUACCUGUAUAAAAGACACCUGUCCACAGAAGCAAUCAAUCAAUCAGAUUCCAAACUCUCCACCAUGGCCAAGACCAAAGAGCUCUCCAAGGAUGUCAGGGACAAGAUUGUAGACCUACACAAGGCUGGAAUGGGCUACAAGACCAUUGCCAAGGAGCUUGGUGAGAAGGUGACAACAGUUGGUGCGAUUAUUCGCAAAUGGAAGAAACACAAAAGAACUGUCAGUCUCCCUCGGCCUGGGGCUCCAUGCAAGAUCUCACCUCGUGGAGUUGCAAUGAUCAUGAGAACGGUGAGGAAUCAGCCCAGAACUACACGGGAGGAUCUUGUCAAUGAUCUCAAGGCAGCUGGGACCAUAGUCACCAAGAAAACAAUUGCAAGGUCCCCCUGCUCAAGAAAGCACAUAUACAGGGCCGUCUGAAGUUUGCCAAUGAACAUCUGAAUGAUUCAGAGGAGAACUGAUUGAAAGUGUUAUGGUCAGAUGAGACCAAAAUCGAGCUCUUUGGUAUCAACUCAACUCGCUGUGUUUGGAGGAGGAGGAAUGCUGCCUAUGACCCCAAGAACACCAUCCCCACCGUCAAACAUGGAGGUGGAAACAUUAUGCUUUGGGGGUGUUUUUCUGCUAAGGGGACAGGACAACUUCACCACAUCAAAGGGACGAUGGACGGGGCCAUGUACCGUCAAAUCUUGGGUGAGAACCUCCUUCCCUCAGCCAGGGCAUUGAAAAUGGGUCGUGAAUGGGUAUUCCAGCAUGACAAUGACCCAAAACACAUGGCCAAGGCAACAAAGGAGUGGCUCAAGAAGAAGCCCAUUAAGGUCCUGGAGUGGCCUAGCCAGUCUCCAGACCUUAAUCCCAUAGAAAAUCUGUGGAGGGAGCUGAAGGUGUGAGUUGCCAAACGUCAGCCUCGAUACCUUAAUGACUUGGAGAAGAUCUGCAAAGAGGAGUGGAACAAAAUCCCUCCUGAGAUGUGUGCAAACCUGGUGGCCAACUACAAGAAACGUCUGACCUCUAUGAUUGCCAACAAGGGUUUUGCCAGGAUUUUUUUGUUGUUAUUCUGUCUCUCACUGUUCAAAUAAACCUACCAUUAAAAUUAUAGACUGAUCAUGUCUUUGUCAGUGGGCAAACGUACAAAAUCAGCAGGGGAUGAAAUACUUUUUUCCCUCACUGUAUAUCAGUCCAUGGUUCCAGCUGCUGCCCCUAGGCAUCAAUGGAAGGUCCCCAGAGGCAUGUUGGACGGACAUACAGUGCAUUCAGAAACUAUUCAGACACCUUGACUUUUUCCACAUUUUUUACAUUACUGCCUUAUUCUAAAAUAUAUAUUUUUUAUACAUUUGCUAAAAUUUCUAACAACCUGUUUUCACUUUGUCAUUAUGGGGUAUUGUGUGUAGAUUGAUGAGGGAAUCCAAUUUGGAAAAAGGAAAGUAGUCUGAAUACUUUCCGAAUGCACUCUAUGUGUUUAUAUGGACAGAUGCUGCAGCCACAUUGUUGGCAUAUUGUUACUGCAGUGGUGACCUCUGGGUUUAUGUUAUUGUGUGUGUUGUGGAUGGCUCGGAUAAACACCCACAAACACUUACACUCACAUUGACUCCCCUCCCUCCCUCCCUCCCUCCCUCCCUCCCUCCCUCCCUCCCUCCCUCCCUCCCCAGGUGUCUCUGUGUACCCUCCAGAAGGCUAUAGCAGGGCUGGUGGUGAUGUCAGAGGAAAUGGAGAGGAUCUACACCAGUUUCCUCAACAACCAGGUUCCAAACCACUGGGCCAACUCAGCAUACCCCUCCCUCAAACCCCUAGCCAGCUGGGUUAAAGACCUGGCCCUCAGGACCUCUUUUAUAGAGGUGACAGAGACCAUAUACACACACACACACACACACACACACACAUACACACACACACACACACACACACACACACACACACACACACACACACACACACACACACACACACACAUGAACUGCAGUACAGUUGGGUCAAUGAACCUCUCCCAAACCUCUAUUUAUGUACAUAUGUAUCAAUGUACUACGACACAGUGAACACUAUAUUUACUUCUCUCAGACGUGUUUGGAUGUCAUUACAUCAGAUGGGAAGACUUAGACGUGUGUGGAUGUCAUUACAUCAGAUGGGAAGACUCUUAGAUGUGUGGAUGUCAUUACAUCAGAUGGGAAGACUCUUAGAUGUGUGGAUGUCAUUACAUCAGAUAGGAAGACUCUUAGAUGUGUGGAUGUCAUUACAUCAGAUAGGAAGACUCUUAGACAUGUUUGGAUGUCAUUACAUCAGAUGGGAAGACUCUUAGACGUGUUUGGAUGUCAUUACAUCAGAUGGGAAGACUUAGACGUGUGUGGAUGUCAUUACAUCAGAUGGGAAGACUUAGACGUGUGUGGAUGUCAUUACAUCAGAUAGGAAGACUCUUAGACGUGUUUGGAUGUCAUUACAUCAGAUAGGAAGACUCUUAGACGUGUUUGGAUGUCAUUACAUCAGAUGGGAAGACUCUUAGACGUGUUUGGAUGUCAUUACAUCAGAUGGGAAGACUCUUAGACGUGUGUGGAUGUCAUUACAUCAGAUGGGAAGACUUAGACGUGUGUGGAUGUCAUUACAUCAGAUAGGAAGACUCUUAGACGUGUUUGGAUGUCAUUACAUCAGAUAGGAAGACUCUUAGACGUGUUUGGAUGUCAUUACAUCAGAUGGGAAGACUCUUAGACGUGUUUGGAUGUCAUUACAUCAGAUGGGAAGACUCUUAGACGUGUGUGGAUGUCAUUACAUCAGAUGGGAAGACUCUCAGCCGUGUGUGGAUGUCAUUACAUCAGAUGGGAAGACUCUUAGACGUGUGUGGAUGUCAUUACAUCAGAUAGGAAGACUCUUAGACGUGUUUGGAUGUCAUUACAUCAGAUGGGAAGACUCUUAGACGUGUGUGGAUGUCAUUACAUCAGAUGGGAAGACUCUUAGACGUGUGUGGAUGUCAUUACAUCAGAUGGGAAGACUCUCAGACGUGUGUGGAUGUCAUUACAUCAGAUAGGAAGACUCUUAGACGUGUUUGGAUGUCAUUACAUCAGAUGGGAAGACUCUUAGACGUGUUUGGAUGUCAUUACAUCAGAUGGGAAGACUCUUAGACGUGUUUGGAUGUCAUUACAUCAGAUGGGAAGACUCUUAGACGUGUUUGGAUGUCAUUACAUCAGAUGGGAAGACUUAGACGUGUUUGGAUGUCAUUACAUCAGAUGGGAAGACUUAGACGUGUUUGGAUGUCAUUACAUCAGAUGGGAAGACUUAGACGUGUUUGGAUGUCAUUACAUCAGAUGGAAAGACUCUCAGACGUGUUUGGAUGUUGUCAUUACAUCAGAUGGGAAGACUUAGACGUGUUUGGAUGUCAUUACCUCAGAUGGGAAGACUUAGACGUGUUUGGAUGUCAUUACAUCAGAUGGGAAGACUCUUAGACGUGUUUGGAUGUCAUUACAUCAGAUGGGAAGACUUAGACGUGUUUGGAUGUCAUUACAUCAGAUGGGAAGACUCUUAGACGUGUGUGGAUGUCAUUACAUCAGAUGGGAAGACUCUUAGACGUGUGUGGAUGUCAUUACAUCAGAUGGGAAGACUCUUAGACGUGUUUGGAUGUCAUUACAUCAGAUGGGAAGACUCUUAGACGUGUUUGGAUGUCAUUACAUCAGAUGGGAAGACUCUCAGACGUGUUUGGAUGUUGUCAUUACAUCAGAUGGGAAGACUCUCAGACGUGUUUGGAUGUUGUCAUUACAUCAGAUGGGAAGACUCUUAGACGUGUUUGGAUGUUGUCAUUACAUCAGAUGGGAAGACUUAGACGUGUUUGGAUGUCAUUACAUCAGAUGGGAAGACUUAGACGUGUUUGGAUGUUGUCAUUACAUCAGAUGGGAAGACUCUUAGACGUGUUUGGAUGUUGUCAUUACAUCAGAUGGGAAGACUCUUAGACGUGUUUGGAUGUCAUUACAUCAGAUGGGAAGACUUAGACGUGUUUGGAUGUCAUUACAUCAGAUGGGAAGACUUAGACGUGUUUGGAUGUCAUUACAUCAGAUGGGAAGACUCUUAGACGUGUUUGGAUGUUGUCAUUACAUCAGAUGGGAAGACUCUUAGACGUGUUUGGAUGUUGUCAUUACAUCAGACUCUUGUGUUUGUGUGCAUGAGUGUGUUACAUAUGUAGGUAAUGUAGUAUGACACAGCGGAAACAGAACAUCUAUGUAUGCGUCCUCUUAUUAGGAACAUUCUGUGAACACAGUCAGACGAAUGUAGAUGUUGGCAUUAGCUCAGAUGGGAAGACUCUUAACACAUGGUGUGGUGCUUACAGGAACUCCCCCCAGGCAGAGACACACACACACAGUCAUUAUCAGGGGUAGUGGGAUGGGAUGAUGGGAUGGGAGAAUCAUGUUUAAAGAUUAGCAGCACGCCAUCCACUUCAGACAGAUGUCUCUCUCUCUCUCUCUUUCUUUCUUUCUUUCUCUCUUUCUUUCUCUCUUUCUCUUUUCUCUCUCUCUCUCUCUCUCUCUCUCUCUCUGUCUCUCUCUCUCUGUCUCUCUCUGCUCUCUGUCCAUCUCUCUCUCCUCUCUAUCAAUUCAAGGGGCUUCAUUGGCAUAGGAUGGCACUUAGGUUGGAGUCAUUAAAACUUGCUUUUCAACCACUCCACAAAUUCCUUGUUAACAAACUAUAGUUUUGGCAAGUCGGUUAGGACAUCUACUUUGUGCAUGACACAAGUAAUUUUUCCAACAAUUGUCAGAUUAUUUAACUCAUAAUUUACUGUAUCACAAUUCCAGUGGGUCAGAAGUUUACAUACACUAAGUUGACUGACUGUGCCUUUAAACAGCUUGGAAAAUUCCAGAAAAUGAUGUCAUGGCUUUAGAAGCUUCUGAUAGGCUAAUUGACAUCAUUUGAGUCAAUUGGAGGUGUACCUGUGGAUGUAUUUCAAGGCCUACCUUCAAACUCAGUGCCUCUUUGCUUGACAUCAUGGGAAAAUGAAAAGAAAUGAACCAAGACCUCAGAAAAAAAAUUGUAGACCUCCACAAGUCUGGUUCAUCCUUGGGAGCAAUUUCCAAACGCCUGAAGGUACCACGUUCAUCUGUACAAACAAUAGUACGCAAGUAUAAACACCAUGGGACCACGCAGCCGUCAUACCGCUUAGGAAGGAGAUGCGUUCUGUCUCCUAGAGAUGAACGUAUUUUGGUGCGAAAAGUGCAAAUCAAUCCCAGAACAACAGCAAAGGACCUUGUGAAGAUGCUGGAGGAAACAGGUACCAAAGUAUCUAUAUCCACAGUAAAACGAGUCCUAUAUCGACAUAACCUGAAAUGCUGCUCCAAAACCGCCAUAAAAAGGCCAGACUAUGGUUUGCAACUGCACAUGGGGACAAAGAUCAUACUUUUUGGAGAAAUGUCCUCUGGUCUGAUGAAAUAAAAAUAGAGCUGUUUGGCCAUAAUGACCAUCGUUAUGUUUGGAGGCUAAGGUGUAUGUAAACUUCUGACUUCAACUGUAUCUCUGCUCUUUCUGUCCAUCUCUCUCUCUCUCUCUCUCUCUCUCUCUCUCUCUCUCUCUCUCUCUCUCUCUCUCUCUUUCUCUUUCUCUCUCUCUUCUCUAUCUAUCUCUCUCCCUUUCUCUCUCUGCUCUCUCUGUCCAUCUCUCUCUCGCCUCCUCUCUCUUUCUCUCUGUGCACUCGCUCCGUCGCCCCCAGACUGAAGUAUCUGUUCCGGGAGACUGGUCUUACUGUGUGUUACGCAAUCCCCAAAUUUAUACACAGAGACUAACAUGACCCCAGUCUCUGGUGACAGCCUUAACAUUAGGUUCUGGGAGCUGAGAUUAACAUAACCUCAGUCUCUGGUGACAGUCUUAACAUUAGGUUCUGGGAGCUGAGAUUAACAUAACCCCAGUCUCUGGUGACAGCCUUAACAUUAGGUUCUGGGAGCUGAGAUUAACAUAACCCCAGUCUCUGGUGACAGUCUUAACAUUAGGUUCUGGGAGCUGAGAUUAACAUAACCCCAGUCUCUGGUGACAGCCUUAACAUUAGGUUCUGGGAGCUGAGAUUAACAUGACCCCAGUCUCUGGUGACAGUCUUAACAUUAGGUUCUGGGAGCUGAGAUUAACAUAACCCCAGUCUCUGGUGACAGCCUUAACAUUAGGUUCUGGGAGCUGAGAUUAACAUAACCCCAGUCUCUGGUGACAGUCUUAACAUUAGGUUCUGGGAGCUGAGAUUAACAUAACCCCACUCUCUGGUGACAGUCUUAACAUUAGGUUCUGGGAGCUGAGAUUAACAUAACCCCAGUCUCUGGUGACAGUCUUAACAUUAGGUUCUGGGAGCUGAGAUUAACAUAACCCCAGUCUCUGGUGACAGCCUUAACAUUAGGUUCUGGGAGCUGAGAUUAACAUAACCCCAGUCUCUGGUGACAGCCUUAACAUUAGGUUCUGGGAGCUGAGAUUAACAUAACCCCAGUCUCUGGUGACAGUCUUAACAUUAGGUUCUGGGAGCUGAGAUUAACAUAACCCCAGUCUCUGGUGACAGUCUUAACAUUAGGUUCUGGGAGCUGAGAUUAACAUAACCCCAGUCUCUGGUGACAGUCUUAACUUUAGGUUCUGGGAGCUGAGAUUAACAUAACCCCAGUCUCUGGUGACAGUCUUAACAUUAGGUUCUGGGAGCUGAGAUUAACAUAACCCCAGUCUCUGGUGACAGUCUUAACAUUAGGUUCUGGGAGCUGAGAUUAACAUAACCCCAGUCUCUGGUGACAGUCUUAACAUUAGGUUCUGGGAGCUGAGAUUAACAUAACCCCAGUCUCUGGUGACAGUCUUAACAUUAGGUUCUGGGAGCUGAGAUUAACAUAACCCCAGUCUCUGGUGACAGUCUUAACAUUAGGUUCUGGGAGCUGAGAUUAACAUAACCCCAGUCUCUGGUGACAGUCUUAACAUUAGGUUCUGGGAGCUGAGAUUAACAUAACCUAAACAAGCUCACUCUCCCCUUCAUGUCUGUCUGUGUGUGUGUGUGUGUGUGUGUGUGUGUGUGUGUGUGUGUGUGUGUCUGUCUGUGUGUGUGUGUGUGUGUGUGUGUGUGUGUGUAUUCAUGCAGGGUAACCAACAUCCUCUCUGUCUGUGUGUCUGUGUAGAGCUGGAUCAUGCGGGGUCAACCCAAAUCCUUCUGGAUCUCUGGAUUAUUCUUCCCUCAGGGCUUCCUCACUGGUCAGUACACACUGUCUCCACUGUGUUAUGGAAUCUAGUCAAUAUUCUGUAUAGUCAAUAUUUAAUAUGCUGUUCUCUAUUCAAUAUUAUGUAGCCAAUAAAUAUUCAAUAUUCUGUACUCUAGUCAAUAUGAUGUAGUCUAUUAAAUAUUCAAUAUGCCGUUCUCUAUUCAAUAUUAUGUAGCCAAUAAAUAUUCAAUAUUCUGUUCUCCUCAACAUUGUAGUCUACUUGAGAAUCAUAUAGUAUGUUGUUGGGUUCUGAGACAGGUGCUGUAUAUGAAUACAUCCUGUUAGUAUUGAUAAGGCAUGGGAUCAGUACAAAAGUAAAGUACCAAACUGGGUUCCAGUCCAGUUACUGAGAUGUUGAAACACUGUUGUGCUGUUCCCCCUCCUGACCUGUAGGGGCGUUACAGAACCACGCCAGGACCUAUAACCUCCCCAUCGACGAGCUCAACUUCCGCUUCAACGUGUUGCCGGUGUACCGUGACCAGGGGGCUGUGAGCGAGGCGCUGAAGACCCUAUCGGCCGGAGGCGAGCUGGACAUGGACUCUGAGGUAGCUACAGGGAGAGGAGAGGGACAUUUUUAGACUGGUUGCCUUGAGUUUACUGCAUCCUGCCUUCAAAGCAGAUCUGCCUUUAGAGCAAAGUUUAACUUCUUGAAAAACAUGAACGAGCUAAGCUACUCACUGAUAGAAAUGACUCCAACACACUUUGACCUCUGUGUGAUGUUUAGUGGUCAUCAGGCAACUAGUCAAGUUUUAGAACAGUAUCUGUAUCAUAAUAAUGGUUUUGGGCUGUCAUCACAUGAUCUAGAUUUUAACCUGUAUUUAAAGCCUUUUCCAGAAAUGAGAAUUUCACCAAAAAUGAAAACCAUUGUCUGAGGAUGGUUCUGGACCAUCUGACAUUGAAAGAAAAGCGGACAGUUUGUUGAAAAAACUUUAACUAAAGGGUUCAAAACCAGGUCCAGCGCCCUAAUCAUAAUGUAUUAUAAUUUCACAUUAUGGUAACUCAAGUACUGCCUGACCCCGUUUCCAUAGCUACCCACCAUCAACGACGGCGUGCUGGUGCACGGGAUGUUCAUGGACGCCAGUCGCUGGGACGACGUCAACAUGGUGAUGGAGGAUGCGUUGCCGCGGGUGAUGAACGCCAUGCUCCCCGUGGUGCACUUUGAACCCCAGCAGAACUACGACCCUGAUCCGUCUCUCUACCAGGCUCCGCUGUACAAGACCUCAGCUAGGGCUGGGACUCUGUCUACUACAGGUAAUAUACACUGAGUGUACCAAACAUUAAGGACACCUUCCUAAUAUUGAGUUGCACCCCCUUUUGCCAUCUAAACAGCCUCAAUUCAUCGAGGCAUGGACUCUACAAGGUGUUGAAAGCUGGCCCAUGUUGACUCCAAUGUAUCCCACAGUUGUGUCAAGUUGGCUGGAUGUCCUUUGUGUGGUGUUCUCUGGUUCUGUCCAUCAUGUCCAGAUAGUGACAGACCUGUGUGUUCUCUGGUUCUGUCCAUCAUGCCCAGAUAGUGACAGACCUGUGUGUUCUCUGGUUCUGUCCAUCAUGUCCAGAUAGUGACAGACCUGUGUGUUCUCUGGUUCUGUCCAUCAUGUCCAGAUAGUGACAGACCUGUGUGUUCUCUGGUUCUGUCCAUCAUGUCCAGAUAGUGACAGACCUGUGUGUUCUCUGGUUCUGUCCAUCAUGUCCAGAUAGUGACAGACCUGUGUGUUCUCUCCCUCAGGCCACUCUACUAACUUUGUGGUGACGGUGACGCUGCCGUCCAGCCUGCCUAGUGACUACUGGAUCACCAAGGCCUCAGCCCUGCUCUGUCAGCUCGACGAGUAGUGACCUAACCACAGGCACCGCACUACACAC